AUGCCCCGAGGCUUUGACCAACCUAUGUCAGGUUCUACGUCCCGAGCUACCAUUACGGGACCACGCGAGCAGAGCCAACAACCAUCAAGCAUAAAUACUAGACAGGGUAGAUUUGAAGCUCCUGUCACGAUACCGGAAGCCAAGGAAGUAAAGCAACCACACGCAAUAUCCAGUCGCAGCUCUAGUAACCCAUCAGCUUUGCCGCUCCCACAAUCUUCAAGCGAACCUCAACCGUUUCCAGCUGGCCGCAAAACGCCCGCCUAUCUACAGGGCAGGAACCCCUAUGGCCAGGUCCUUGACAGGGUUGAACCUCAUCGGGAGCCCAAGGCAGUGACGAGAACAGCUGUACCGCCUUCCCAAGCUGGCUCCGAUAUCGAUUCACGAUCACGUCUGUCACUUCCUUCUGACUUCAAGACACGAUCUCUAGCCCAAGAGCCGGAACGAUGCGACCCACCGACGGCACCUCCGUCAUUGAGACAACCACAAGUUCCGAAGUCAGUUCGUUCUGCCAAAAACUUCUUCGAGACGAAAGCCUCUCACUACUCGUCAACAGCUCUGCUUCCACCUUCAACAACCGGCGCUAGCACGAGGAGCUUCGCACCCAAAACUCGGCCACGAAGUGUCUCUCAUGAACCACCUGCCCAUGUUUCAAGUCCAAAGGUGUCCUACACCCCCGAAGAGACAACUCCUGAACUCGGAGAACUUUUGCCUUUUCCAACGAACCUUGACGACACCAGCGAGUCUGUGCAGUCCGUGAUUCCAUCCAAACAAGGUGCCCCUGACGAAUGUGCUCGUACUAUUACAACAGGAAGAGCAACACCUGCAGAGAUGCCUGAUGACGAGGAGCAAUACGAGCAUGAUAUUGAGCGAGAGUCCAUCGGUCGCCGAAGGUCUACAGAUAUCUUUGCAGCCGUAACCCGACACGCCAAACCUUCCAGUAUUAAUCUACAAACCGCUCGUGUCCGCUCUGUGCAAGAAAGCAUACCCGAUGAGCCGCUCGUUGCCAUGGGAGAGCCAAGAUCAGUUGAUAAAUCAGAUCCCGCUUCCGAAGUUGUGAGACGUCUAUCCACCCGUAGUUCAGUGCCAGCUGCUGAGUCCAAAGAAGCCAAGAACUCCAAUAUUCAUUCGCAACAAGAAGGUAGAGGUGCGAAGUCUGGUCGGGUUCUUCGACGAACUUUCGAGGAAGACCAGGAAACUUUCCCUAAACGGCUCAGGCGCAGUGGAUCACACACUGCUCCAUUGACUGAGACUGGUAGUCCUUCGAAUGGACCCGUCGAUCGUGUCGUAGAGUGGAUUCCGAGCACGGGUGCCACAGUUCCUCGUCAUCAGUUUGGAAAGUCUGUCAGUGUUCGCAGACGAGCGGAAGAGAUCGUGUCAAUGGGCCUUGGCCACGAUGGAGCAAGUGACCUCAGUCUCUCUCGACGAAGUACUAUCUCAAGCUCAAUCCUAACUGCCAACAUUGGUGUAGAAGAGAGGUAUCACGAGAUUGAAGUUCCGAACGAUGUUGACAACCGACAAGGAUAUGGACGGCGCGUCACGCAAGACUUUGGGUUUCCUGGUGCAAGGAUAAAGUCAAACGGCACGAACAGAACCAGCAAGCCAUUGCGAGAUCCUGGUAACUGGACUAAGCGGGUUUGUGGUCACUUCUCGUACAUGGGCAAAAGCGAGCAUCGCGAUCAUGCACAAAAGAAGAUAUGUCGGCAAUGCUCAGGUCGAGCACCACCGCCUGAAGAACUGCCAACUACAAAACGGCUGAUACGCAGACGAGGCAUAUCCGGAUCCUUAACCUCCACAACCUCUUCUUCGAAACCCUCCAACAAUGACGUCGGCCGUAGACAUAGACGUCGUAAGCAUCACUCCGAAUACAUACCAUACGACAAGUGUGGGGAUAAAUUUGCUGAAGAGUUGAGCUAUAUCAUCGGCAACAUUCUAGAAGAGCAUGCGAACACCGUGCAGUCUGUCAUCAGUAAUAUCAAGAACAGUCGACCGAAUUUUGAUCAGCUUCGACGAAUGUCUGGAGAUCUUGUUCAGCGAUGUCAGGCCAACGGCGCUUGUGGACAGCACUAUCAAGCAACUUGUCAGCCAGCACAAACAUCCUGUCGACGAGAUAACGACUGGCUCACUCCUUGUCCAUACGUCCCACCUAACGCAGCGGAGAUACUAAACGUGGGAUCUCCCGGGCAACUGCAGCCAAACCUCAACGAUCCUCAUUCCAGCUUGCGCGAAGCAUUGCAGUCAAUACCUGACCUCGUCGACCUGGUCAACUCUGCAGCCGAUGAUCUCGGAGUUGAUCUUGAGCGAAGACCCACCGCAACCGACGACAACAUGUUUCGCAACGCUCCCUACGAAACCACAGAGGACAAGGCGAAUGAUGAAGAGCCGCUUACCGAGGACAGCUGGCUACAGCAGACACGCAGACACUUGAUCGAGCUUUCGGAGGGGCGGGAGCAGCUUAUGGACGAAUUGGAUUCCAUUGCUGGAGAUCUCAACGUCCAGCUCCAGAAUCAACAAGAGACCGAGCAAGGGGAUGAGUCAGUCGCACAUCCUGUACAACGUGUACUUAGUAAAGCCCCUAUGGACCUCUCGCAUACAUCCACGUUGCAGAGAGAAGCCCUUAUCGAAUCGGUGCAAUGCAUGCUCACUAUAGUCCUUACUAUCAUUUUGCGCACAGCCACAUUGCAGUGUGAGUUUCCGGUGGAUGACACCGUAGUCGAACCCGUACAGUGUGUACUCAGCAAAGCUCCUACUGGUGUCUCACAAAAGUCUACAUGGCACGAUGUUACGCCCGUCGACUCAAAUGCUACUCAGAACUACUACGAGAAUGUAUCGUCCGCUGGAACCAUGCAUCCUAUGCCUGACGAUGUCCCCACUGGUUUCUCUCUUACAUCCACGUGGCAGAUGGACAGAUUUAUCGAUGCUGUCAUUAAAGAUCUUGAAGUCAACCACCCAGACGAUUAUGAGGGAGAGGUAGUCACCAACAUCGUACAGCGCAUACUCGGCCGAGAACCCAUUGGUGUUCCAAGCAAGCUCACAUGGUCGAGGUCUUAA